GCAGCCAUGUAUCCUCCCCAGCAGCUACGCGGUGAGAGCCGCCAGGCGCUGCUCCCGUCACGGUCAUCCUUUCUCCGUUCACCCCUUCAAACAAUGUUAUCUAUGUUCUCCAAACCAUUCUUCGACUGCUAAACUCAAGUAUUUGGAUUGAUUCUACCAGCUACAGUUUGCCAUGGCGACGGUGGUGAUGGAGCAGAUCGGUCGCCUGUUUAUCAACGCGCAGCAGCUGCGUCAGAUCCCUCAGCUGCUGGAGUCGGCCUUCCCCACGCUGCCUUGCACUGUGAAGGUGUCCGACGUUCCCUGGGUUUUCCGUGAGCGUCAUAUCCUCACCGGCUACAGACAGCCAGACCAAAGCUGGCGCUACUACUUCCUCACCCUCUUCCAAAGGCACAAUGAGUCCCUCAAUGUGUGGACCCACCUGCUGGCCGCCCUCAUCAUCUUGGUGAAGUGGCAGGAGAUCUCGGAGACGGUGGAUUUUUUGCGAGACCCUCACGCCCAGCCCCUCUUCAUUGUCCUCCUGGCAGCCUUCACCUACCUCUCCUUCAGCGCUCUCGCUCAUCUGCUCUCUGCCAAGUCCGAGCUCUCCUUCUACAGCUUCUACUUCCUCGACUAUGUUGGGGUGGCUGUCUACCAGUAUGGCAGUGCCCUGGCACACUACUACUACGCCAUAGAGAAAGAGUGGCACACUAGAGUGCAAGGGCUCUUUUUACCCGCUGCAGCAUUCUUGGCCUGGCUUACUUGCUUCGGCUGCUGCUACGGCAAGUAUGCUAGCCCCGAGCUGUCAAAGUUAUCCCUCAAGCUCUGCCAAGUGGUGCCCUCCGCCUUGGCUUACUGUUUAGACAUAAGCCCUGUGGUUCACCGCAUCUACAGCUGCUACCAGGAGGGCUGCUCAGACCCAGUUGUGACGUACCAUUUCUACCACAUGGUCUUUUUUCUUAUCAGCGCCUAUUUCUUCUGCUGCCCUCACCCAGAGAGUUUGUUCCCUGGGAGGUGUGACUUCAUCGGGCAGGGCCACCAGAUCUUUCACAUAUUCGUGGUGGUGUGCACCCUGAUGCAGAUCGAAGCGCUGAAAAUAGACUUCACAGAGCGCCGUCCCUUCUACGAGCGCCUUCACGGCGAUCUCGCACACGAUGCCGUUGCACUCUUCAUCUUCACUGCCUGCUGCAGUGCUCUCACCGCUUUUUAUGUGCGCAAUCGUGUCCGUGCCUCUCUGCACGAGAAGGAGGAGUAAGAGUUGACAUGAGAGUGUAAAAAAAAAAAAAAA